CAACAGCGUGUUUGAAGCUUAAACUUGCAACAUGGGUAAGGAGAAGACUCAUAUUAAUAUUGUCGUGAUUGGUCACGUCGACUCGGGUAAGUCCACCACCACCGGUCAUUUGAUUUACAAGUGUGGCGGCAUCGAUAAGCGUACGAUUGAGAAAUUUGAGAAAGAAGCUCAGGAAAUGGGUAAGGGCUCCUUUAAGUAUGCCUGGGUCUUAGAUAAACUGAAAGCCGAGCGUGAGCGUGGCAUAACCAUUGAUAUUGCUUUGUGGAAAUUCGAAACGCAGAAAUACUAUGUGACCAUCAUUGAUGCGCCUGGACAUCGUGAUUUCAUUAAGAACAUGAUUACCGGUACUUCGCAAGCCGAUUGUGCGGUAUUGAUUGUCGCAGCCGGUACCGGCGAAUUCGAAGCCGGCAUCUCCAAGAAUGGUCAGACGCGUGAGCAUGCUCUUUUAGCAUUCACUUUGGGUGUUAAGCAAUUGAUUGUUGGUGUGAAUAAGAUGGAUUCUACCGAGCCGCCGUACAGCGAGACACGCUAUGAGGAAAUCAAGAAAGAAGUCUCAUCGUACAUCAAGAAGAUCGGCUAUAAUCCGGCAUCGGUGGCUUUCGUACCGAUUUCUGGUUGGCAUGGCGACAAUAUGCUUGAACCAUCUGAGAAGAUGCCGUGGUUCAAGGGUUGGACUGUGGAACGCAAGGAGGGUAAAGUGGAGGGCAAGUGUUUGAUUGAUGCGCUGGACGCAAUUAUGCCACCGCAGCGGCCCACCGACAAGCCAUUGCGUCUGCCAUUGCAAGACGUCUAUAAGAUUGGCGGUAUCGGCACAGUGCCAGUGGGACGUGUGGAAACUGGUAUACUAAAACCAGGUAUGGUGGUGAAUUUCGCACCAGUCAAUUUGGUAACUGAAGUAAAGUCUGUGGAGAUGCACCACGAGGCACUCUCCGAAGCUUUGCCCGGUGACAAUGUUGGCUUCAAUGUGAAGAACGUUUCCGUUAAGGAGUUGCGUCGUGGCUACGUAGCGGGUGAUUCGAAAAAUUGCCCACCCAAGGGAGCCGCUGACUUUACAGCUCAGGUGAUUGUGCUUAAUCAUCCUGGUCAAAUUGCCAAUGGUUAUACUCCGGUAUUGGAUUGUCAUACCGCUCAUAUUGCAUGUAAAUUUGCUGAAAUCAAAGAGAAAUGCGAUCGUCGUACUGGUAAGACCACCGAAACUGAUCCGAAGGCUAUUAAAUCCGGUGAUGCCGCUAUUAUUAUGCUUGUGCCAACCAAGCCGUUGUGCGUUGAAAGUUUCCAAGAGUUUCCGCCGCUUGGGCGUUUCGCUGUACGCGAUAUGAGGCAAACGGUCGCAGUGGGGGUCAUUAAGUCGGUCACCUUUAAAGAGACAACCUCGGGUAAAGUCACAAAAGCCGCCGAGAAGGCACAGAAGAAGAAAUAACUAGAGUGCCAGCAGAACGUUAAAUCACAACAACUAAUAAUUAUGCAGCAAUUAAAGCAAAUACAAAUACAAUUUGUAUUAUCGUCAUCGUCAUCAAAAAUGUCGUUGUCAACCGAGUCGUUGGCGUUGUCAUUUUUAUUACCGCUAUCGAAUGUUAUGUCGAAGUGGUGCUUAACAAUGGCAACAGCAACAACUCGAAAAGCAACAACAGCAAAAAUACUAUAUAAAUCUCAAAAGAAAACAUUUAAUAAGCAUAAAUUUAAAAGAAUACUACAAUUUACUAUUAUCAAUGAUAUGAAUAUGAAUAUGAUAAGAAAUUAUUAUGAUAGUAAUGCUAUGACAUUCAAUGUGAGCAACAACAUCAACAACAUAAAUAACAUCAACACAAAGAACACCACUAAAUACCCAUUUAUGUAUCACCACACCAAUUAUUAUCUGUAUGCUUCAUGUUUCAAUUACUACAACAAUAACAAUGCUAAAAGCAUAAACAUAAAUCCCAAAUCCAUUUCCUUCGACCAAACUUCAUCCGCAGCAGCAAAAAUCUGGUCAUCAUUAGCAAUGACGAACGCCAUAUUGGCCUCCCCGCUUACACCGGUUGGGUCAAUUGAGAAGGCAUCAUUCCCUACGCAAGUAGCCAAUAACAAAAUAAAAGACACUGGAAACAUAAAAAUCACAGAUUAUGCUAUAACUCUUUCAAAUGCUAAUCCAUCUUCAAUCACUAAUUCAAUUACGUCAAUUUCUUCCACACAAUUCAUAGCCAUACGUGCAGCAGCACGUUUAGCAAACAAUACCAAACUAAUUAUAUUAUUAUUUUCAAUUGUAUACUAUAUUUAUAACUUUCUUAAUCUAUACCGUCAUCGCAAAUCGUUUCGCAGGAAAUCCGUAUAUAACGCCAUUUUGAAAAUAACCCCAAAGUCAUCAACUAACCCAUACAAUAAUGACUUUAUCGCACUCAACAAAUGGUCAUACAUUUCAUAAUUGGAAUCCUCUACAAAUCAGUUGACCAGAUUUCAUACAUGAUUAACGCUCAUCACAAUUUGUAUACUAAACAAUGUCAACUUAUCCCUUAUCGUAUUCCCUCAUUAAAUUAGUGAUCACCAGUGUACAUUUAAAUGUACACGAAUUCAUGAAUU